AUGACAAAAACUUCUCCAGCAAAAUCAAAACCAAAUGAUGCAUUCAUACAUCCUGAUACAACUAUCAAAAACCAACUUGCUGUGAAGCCGCAUCCAACGCUGCAAGAGAAAAAAUCCGCUCCGGAACAGCGAAAACUGGAAGUUUUACCCGUUACUAACACUGCAAAGGGCCCGAAGAAGGAAAGAAAACUGAUCGGUCUUAUUGCGUAUGGAAUUUACCGCAGUCGUUCCUACUACUCGACGUUCGAACGAAUCUUCCGCCGUUACAAUGAUUAUGAUGAUUACCUCGUAAAAAUUUACAAGGACGACGAUUACGUUAUCCUAACAAAGUUUAUGCAGUUGGAUCGGCCCUUUGAUAUGGUAGCAUCGGCUCCGCCUGGCAGCAAUGUGCUGAUUGUGAAUCAUAAGCAUUUCGAUGGAGGCGAAGAUCUCGUGGACAUGAUAAGUAUACAGCAGUUGCGUGCUCAUACGAAAAAGCUUUGGUUUGAGAACGAAAAUGCUGCGAGUAUUUUGUCGCUGAUCCAAAGCUGGUGCGACUAUCCCGCCAAAAAACUUAAGCUUAGUUUAAAGUUAAGUUUCACUUUUGAUGGGUUUUAG